AUGCUUUGUGCAAUAACUUUGACUAAAGCUGAACUUGUUCAUAACUCUAAAACCAAUUCAUUGAAGGUACUUAAAGACUCUUACACAUAAUUCAGAGCAGUUGGCUAGGGAUUUAGAGACGACGCUCUUCAGGAAGAUUUGACUCAAGUGUAAAUUGACGUCAAGAUUAAAUCUCAGAGUUAAGAUUUGACAUCUUAAAACAAAGGAUCGAUCCCAAAAUAACCAUUCGAUCUAUUUGUGUUUACCAGCACAACAGACUAUGAAUGUUACAUUAGAGGGAUCACUAUGCUAGACUAGAGACUGGCUGUUGAAUGCGAAUUUCUUAAGGAUUCAGAUCUCUCUCAUUUCAACAUUACUGAAUUUAGCUAUGAUAAUGAUAAAUUCCUGAAUAAAGCCAAAUAGUAUCAAGAAUUCUUCUUUGUUAUCGAUAAUACCGAUUUCCCACUCUUCACUGAUAAGUCCAAAAUGCUUGAGUCAGUUCAUCCAGCUAUUGAUUAAAAUUAGAUCUUCAGAGGAAGAAUGCUUGAAGAUCCUCAUUAAGAGCGAUAAGAUGUAUUGAUAAAUGUGGAGUUUAAUACAACUUUUGCUGCAAGUGAGGAGUAUUACACAAUGGUCUUUGUUCUAGCAUCAUUCACUUGCGUACUUCUGAUUCUGUUUGGAUAUAUAGUGUGCAAGUACAAGAAGCACAAAAAGAUGUAUGCUGUACUAGCUGAGGAAAGGAGAAAGCACAGAGAAGAACUGAUCAAGAAGAAAUCUGAAUUCUUCAAAAGGAGUCUCGAUGAAAUUGAUAGGCUUAAUGAUGAUAAAGAUGAAAGGAAAUAGAGUCUUAAAGAUCCAAAGCCUAAAGCAAAUAUCUUUGACUAUUGA